AUGGAAAAGCUAGCGUUUUCACUGGUAACAGCAACAAGAAAGCUCAUACCUUAUUUCCAAGCUCAUGUAAUCAACGUCCUGAUAGAUCACCCAUUAAAGAAAGUUAGGAAUCAAAAAUCAUUACUCCUCGCCCGCCCACCCACACAGGCCAACGGAAAAGUUGAAGUUGCAAACCGAUCCUUGCUAAAGAUCAUCAAAACUCGGCUUGAGGGGGCAAAAGGGAUAUGGCCAGAUGAAUUGCCUAGUGUCCUUUGGACAUAUAGGACGACUGUAAGGACUCCUACUGGUGAGAUUCCCUUUAAACUAGCGUAUAGAAGUGAUGCAGUGAUACCAGCGAAGGUUGGAUUAACUAGCCAUAGGGUAGCCCAUUAUAAGGAGGAGGAAAAUGCAAAACAUCUCCGUCUAAACCUUGAUCUCAUUGAUGAGGUUAGAAUGGACGUAGAGCAGAGGGUGGUGUGUUAUAAGAACCUGAUGACUAAGUACCAUGAUGCGUUGGUAAAGCCAAGACAGUUCAAUAUUGGGGACCUAAUCCUAAAAAGGGUAUCCUUAGCCAUUAAGGACCUUGCUCAUGGAAAGUUCUGA